ACAGCGGUACUUGUCAGACUUUCCAAAUAAAAGUGGUCCAGCUGUGCGCGCCUGGCUGUGUCAUUCCUCCUCAGUGGCUGCUCCGGUCUGUAGACACACCAUAGAGAGGAGAGAUGUCCGGUAUCACGCUGCUGUCCCUGUCCGCUGCUUUAAUGGCACUGAAUGGAGCGAUGGUCCUCCCGGAAGAACCGGACGAGCCCGCGCUGAGCCUCAGCGACAUGUUCCGAGAGGUGGAGGAGCUAAUGGAGGACACGCAGCACAUCCUGGAGGAGGCCGUGGAUCAGAUAAAUACUGAAAGUGCUAAGUCCAAAUCUUUGGAGCUCCGUUUCGGUCAUCAUAAUGGCAUCACUAGUGACACAUCUGUGUUGGACAAAACCAUUAAGAAAACCAAUAACCAGACUGGAGAGACUCACCUCUCACACAUUCACAUGGAGGUCACAGGCCCGUGGAACAGCAUUGACCACGAAUGCAUGGUGGAUGAGGACUGUGGAGAGCUGAAAUACUGUCUGUAUGAGAUAGAAAACUCCAAAUGCCUCCCCUGCAUACCAACAGAUAUGCCCUGCACUAAAGAUGAGGAGUGCUGCUUUGAUCAGAUGUGUGUAUGGGGCCAGUGCACUGUGAAUGCUACAAGAGGAGAGGAGGGGACCAUCUGCCAGGACCAAAGAGACUGCAAACCAGAUCUGUGCUGUGCCUUCCAGAGAGAGUUGCUGUUCCCGGUGUGUAACCCCAGACCAGAGAGGGGAGAGUCCUGUGUGAACCAACCCAACCUCCUCAUGGAUAUGCUGGCCUGGGACAAGGAGGGGCUCCGGGAUCACUGCCCCUGUGCCCACAACCUGCAGUGCCAGCCUCAAGGGCGUGGUGCUGUUUGUGGAGACUGAGACCCAGGAUGAAGUCAUCACCCAUGUAGUGACUUUAGACAAAUUGUGGGGCUCCAUCAUCUUAAGUACUGAUGCUACACUUGCACUAUAUUAUUUAUGCCUUACAAUGUGUAUUAAAUCGGUAAUAAAGUUUGUGUUUUUGUUAAUAA